GCCGCCCCGUGGCCGCCUCUGCUUCUCUCACCCCAGGCGGCUGCCACGCACUGACCGUGAGCGUGCCCUCGGCCACCGUCCACGGCGUGCGGGGCCGAGCGCUCGAGCUGCCCGUGGCCUACAGCGCCGGCGGCCCGGCCGCCCACGUGCAGGUCAUCUGGCUGUUCCAGAGGCCUCGCGGCCCCCCCAGAUACCUGCUGGGCUCCGUGAACCGCUCGCUGGUGCCCGACCUGGAGUACCGGCACAAGUUCUCCAUGACGCCGCCCAACGCCUCCCUGCGCAUCGCCGCGCUGCGCUUCAGCGACGAGGGCAGCUACGUGGUCAAGGUCAACGUCCACCUGCCGGGGAAUCGCACGCUGUCCGCCCACCAGAAGGUCCUGGUCACCGUGGACGACCCCGUGGUGCAGCCCAGCGUGCAGAGCCGGCCGGCCGCAGGGGCCGUGGAGAAGGUGGGCAACCUGACCCUGACGUGCGCCGUGGCGGCCGGCACGCGUGUCCGGUACCAGUGGCUGAAGGACGAGCGGCCGGUGCGGGCGGGCGGCAGGCUCGGCGUGUCGGGGGACGGCAGCAGCCUGCGCAUCGCCCCGGUCAGCAGGGCCGACGUGGGCCACUUCCGCUGCCUGGCCAGGAACGCGGUCAGCGCGGCGCUCAGCGAGGCCCUGGCGCCCACCAUCUACU